UUUAGGUGUACUACUCCUGACCAGCCUUCCAACACAUCAAAGACCCCAUCCAGAUCUAGAGGUGAGAAUACGAAAGAUAUCUUUUUAUUACAUUAUUAUAGGAGACUCAACUCAUUAGUUGCAAUGGAGACUCGGGAGAGAAGGACAAAUAAAACGAGUGGAUCAAACUCAGAGAAACAUGAGGAGACGAUGGGGAACGGGGAUGUUACAGAACCAGACAAUAAACAGGGCAAGGUCACUAUGAAGAGGCAGAUGAGUCUCCUAAGUGGUAUUGCCCUCAUCGUUGGGACUAUGAUAGGUUCGGGUAUUUUCAUUUCGCCAAAAGGAGUUCUGAGACAAACUGAGAGUGUUGGCAUGAGCCUUGUCAUCUGGGUCCUAUGUGGUGUUCUCUCUACUAUAGGUGCCCUGUGCUAUGCUGAGCUGGGCACUCUGAUACCCAAGUCAGGCGGUGAAUACUCGUACAUAUUGGACACCUUUGGUUCUCCACUCGCCUUCCUGUUUGCUUGGGUAUCUACUCUUCUCAUUAAGCCAUCUUCAGUUGCGAUCAUCAGUCUAAGUUUCGCAGAGUAUGUAGCAGCACCUUUCUUUGGAGGGGAGUGUGACCCACCGGAUACUAUCAUCAAGUUGUGUGCUGCAGUGUGUGUCAUUUUGAUUGUGGUCGUCAAUUGUGCCAGCGUCAAAUUGGCAACAGGUGUUCAAAACGUCUUCACGGUAGCCAAGCUUCUAGCUUUAGUUAUCAUCAUCAUUGUUGGAUUUAUUCAACUGGCACAAGGUAACACACAAUAUUUGGAUCCUAAGAUAUCAUUCCAAGGUUCUACUGCUAAUGUAGCCGCAUAUGGGAUCGCUUUCUAUCAAGGACUGUGGGCAUAUGAUGGAUGGAAUCAGCUUAAUUACGUCACAGAAGAACUAAUUAAUCCCUACAGAAACCUUCCUCUUGCCAUUAUCAUUGGGAUUCCUAUGGUUACCGUACUGUAUCUAUUGGUUAAUAUCUCCUACUUUACCGUCAUGUCACCAGAAGAACUUCUACAAUCCAGUGCAGUCGCAGUGACGUUUGGUGACCGAACAUUGGGUGUCAUGGCAUGGAUAAUGCCUUUCUCUGUAGCAUGCUCUACGUUUGGCGCCGCUAAUGGAUCAUUAUUUACGGCAGGAAGACUGACGUACGUAGCAGCACGAGAAGGCCACAUGGUUGAAGUAUUGUCUAUGGUACAUGUGAAGAAAUUGACUCCUUUCCCUGCUAUGAUAUUCACGGCGAUUCUUUCCAUUGCAAUGCUUCUGCCCAGUGACUUUGAUACCCUGGUCAACUACUUCAGCUUUGCAGCCUGGAUGUUCUAUGGAAUCACGGUAUCGGCCCUGCUUUAUCUGAGAUACAAAUGGCCUGAUGCUCACAGACCUAUUAAGGUUCCCAUCGUGCUACCCAUCAUUGUGUUGAUAGCGGCUGUAUACCUCGUGAUUGCUCCUAUCAUUGAAGAACCAGCUCUGGAGUUUCUCUAUGCCUUCCUCUUUAUUCUAUCUGGUCUCAUCUUCUAUCUACCGUUUGUUUUCUACAAGAAGGAAUUGGGCUGCAUGAAAUACUUAACAGUAUUCCUGCAGCUAUUAUUUCAAGUAGCGCCCUCUAAGUACGUGGCUCCUGAAGAGGUUGAAGAAGAAGAGGAAGCUAUCGUUGUGGAAUCAUGAGUGCUUUCUCACUAAAAUCACCAACUUUACUCAUUUAUGAUUUAAUCAUUGUUGCAGGUUGCACUUUUGUGAACUCUUAUUUGCUUGUACCGAAUUAUUAAAGGCUGACACUUGAGGAAAAAAAAUGAGUAUCAUGCAAGAUUCCGAGGUUAUGAAUGUCAACCUUUGUGUCCUUUACAAUUUAAUAUUUUAUGUAAUGAAAUGGAAAUACAAAUAAUUUUCUCUGUGAAAUAGAUUUGUUAUUGUAAGUUGCUUUUGUGAUUGCUCUUCUUCAUUUCAUUACGAAAAUUAAUUUUGUUUAUUGUCAUAAUGCUGCAAUCUCAGUAUGCUAAUUUAUAUGUAACUCAGGAAUAAAAACACGUACGGCCUUUCAUAAAUCAGUAGACUAAAUAAGCUAAACUGUAUUUUAUUUUGGCCGCUUUCGAGAAUAACUGAAGGAGAAGUAUUGGCCUGGUGUUCAGUCCUUACAUGUAUGUGUGCAUACACCCUAAAUCUUCGAUGCGAACAAAUUUUAAAUACUUUCGAGAAAAACAGCUAUUGGAAUAAAUCUAGGUGUAUCAUAAAGCAAACAAAUUACACUUUCUCUGAAUGAAUCAAAUUAUUUCUGCUUCUUUUAAAGUGGAAAAUAUAUUCCAUCAUUAAUUUUUAGGGUAACUUUAAAACAAUAAGCUUGUUAAAUAUGAUUUUUGUGUAAUUUACUGUCGUCUCAGAAAAAUAUUUAACAGGUUUAAACAGUGUUUCAUUAUACUCUACUUGAUGUUCUUACUUAUAUUUUUAACGUCUCUCCCAUAUUUUCUAUUCAUUUUCUCUUCUCUUGUAUAUAAUGUAAAAGUGUUAUUUGUAGUUGAUAUUCUUUAUUAUCAGUUGUAUUUUCCUUACACUGCUUUCGGGGACCAUGCCUCCUUCAGUUAUACUUCAGCUUUGCCGACUUCCUGUAAAAAAAGGAAAAGAAAAUAAGACAGAUACUUAUAGGACUUACAUUAUGCAACGUUGUCAUCACCUUUAUAAUGAUCAGACUUAAGUUUGCAAGUUUGCAAGUUUUUCAUUUGGGGGGCCUUCUGCCGUAAGAUUCAUGUAAUAGAGAUUAACUCAGGAAUGAAUUCAUCUCGUUAUGCUGCAGAGUUACACAUUAAUUAAUAAAGAAAAUCUGCAGAGAGAAUUUAAUAUGCAAAUAGUCAUUUCCUGUGCCCACAUCUGUUCAUACUUCAAUUAUAAGAACGUUGGCCAACCAUGCCUUAUGAAUGUUCAUUAGAAAAUAUAAUUCAUUAUUAACAGAACAAAAUGACGGCAAAAAUAAUAUGUAAAACUAAACAAGACAAAGCAAAACAGAAAGAAAUAUAUGUGUAUGAUAGAAGUAUGUAUUUUAAGAGGGUGGUAAUUAUUAUUCGGAUAAUAUCUACUUACUUUAUACACAGAAUAGCAUCACUGCAACAACUGUUGUUCCUAAGGCCCUGCAAUUAUCAUAACCUCAUCAAUUACCAGGUAUCUACCUACAUCCGCGAGAAGAGUGGAUUAUUUGUUUUAUUAAUAUUAUGGUCAUCACUCUUUUUGCAAACCUUCUGCUGAACUUCGGAAGAAAAUAUAUCCUUUAGAUGUCAAAAACUUUCGGACUGUCAACCAAUUUAAAACUUGUUUUAAGACACAUUUAUCAAAAAUUGCUUUUGAUGAUUUACUUACUCUGUUCACAUUGAUAUAUAUUUAAUA